AGAGGAUUUUGACCCCUCUACCCAAUGGCUGCGUUAGGUAUAGAGUUUUGGGGAGUGCAUAUAAUCAACAUAUUAUCGAAGGUGCUUAGAAAUUGAUCCUGUAUUUCGAGGUAGUUCAAAUUCGCCUCUCUUGGACCUUCGGGUUUGACCUGAAUUUUCAGUGCUUGGUGGAGAAUAAUUCACGCGUAUCAUGCCGAAGAGAAAGUCUCCAGAGGGUCCUGAGGGCAAGGAGGCCUCCAAAGUCACAAAACAAGAGCCCACCAGAAGGUCAGAGAGACUGUCAGCGAAACCCGCUCCUCCCAAGCCUGAGACCAAGCAGCCCAAGAAAGUCAUCGUCAAGAAGGUGGCAGAUGACAAGGGGGUGAAGGCAAAGAAAGGCGGCCCUAAGGGGAAGAAGGAUGACGGCCCUGCCCAGAAUGGAGAGACCAAGUCCAAUGAGAUCUAUGUGUCUCGUCCGUCUGUCAGUGUGUCUUCCCUCAGAAGCACAGCCCCCUCCUUGAUGUCAGUGAGAGGGCAGAGUGAGACAGUCAGAGUUAAGGGUAACUGAAGCUGCGGAGGAGACGACUGAGGAGAAGGCGUAAGGACGCGGGAGCUUCCACCGACUCGUCCCCUCUGACUCUGAAAAGCAUCUUUUUUUACUGACGAUUUUUGUACCAUGCUGAAUUUUUUUUAGACUUGUGAUAGUAGAGACGGACAACCAGCAGCCUCAUCAUCAUUUGUCCUUUCAGCUCCUCUACCUACAGUAUGUUUCUGCCCAAUUCUCCCCCCUGCUCCAUUCUGUGUCACCAUACGCCUCUCAGAAGCAGCAAGACAGAAUGAUGUGGUUUUUUUUUUAUCAGAUGGCUGCAGAUGUUCUUCAUCUUGCCUGAAGGGGGCCGUUAACACGACUGUUACGAUCUCUAAACCAGCUCUGCCUAUAUUUGUAGUCUCUACAAAAGAUGAUCAUUAUUACUGGCAUUCUAUUUCCCUCCUGAUGGUUAAGGUGAGGAUUUGUGGACGCAUAUCAGCGGGUUAACUGCAGAGGUACAAGAAGAAACCAGGUUCAUAGUCACCAUGGAGGACAUCUGCAGCUUUUUUUUUUUUUUUAAAAAAAUCUUAGGUUUUAGAGUCACUACCACUGUGUUCCACACAUAGCUCCUUUUGUAUAUGUGUGUGCUGGAGCGAAUGUGUUUGUGGGUCUCUGUGUUUGACUUAGUUCACUUUGCCACCCCCCCUUCUUUUCUCUUUUUUUUUCCACCCUCUGAAUGCCUUGUCCUGCAGCAGAGUGACAUAGCAAUAAUGAGUGGUGCUUCUGUUCUAGAUGGCUCUAUUGGCUUUGGGCCCUCUGGGCUUCUUUGAGUUUCAUCCUGUUGGGAGAAUAUUUUGAAAUAAAAUAAAAAGUUGAUGUCA